AUGUCUGUGCCCACCCUGACCUCCACCACAGCCUCUGAGACUACAACAUCCUCUACUAAAACAUCUGAGACAGUCUUUGCCACAACCUCUGGAACCACUACAGGCUCUGAGACCACCACAGUUCCCACAGCAUCUGUGGCAAACUCUUCCUCCAUAAUAACAUCUUUGCCUACCACAGUCUUCACCACAGUCUCUGAGACCACAGCUUCCAGCAGAGAUUCUGAGGUCAUCACAGCUUCCACCAUAAUGUCUGUGUCACCACCAUCCUCCAGCAUAGCCUCUGAGACAAUUAUUAAUUCUGAAACAACCUCAGAAUCUCCCACAAUCUCUGAGACCCUCGGGGACUCCACUAUGACACUGGUGUCCACCAUAACUUCCACCACAGACUCUGAGACCAUGUCAUUCUCUACUGAAGCCUCUGAGAUAACUUCAGGGUCAGUACCCUCCACAAAUAUCACAAUGCUUGAUAAGCCCACUACAACAUCUGUACCCACUACAACCUCUGCAAUAGUCUCUGAGAUCGCCACACCUUCCAUCACAAUGUCUAAAACCAUCUCAUCCUCCAAAACAGAUUCUGAGUUUUCCAGUACAGCACCUCUGACCACGAAAAUCUCUACUCCAAUCUCUGAGUCUGUCUUAGCCUCCACCAUAGUCUCUGAGACUGCCAUGUCCUCUACUGCCACAUCUAUGCCCACCACAGCUUUCAUCACAGGCUCUAAGGACACAACAGCCUCUGAGACCACAAAUACUUCCACAAUUACCCCCACUGAGUCCAUUAUAAUGUCCAUCCCAACAUCUGGGACACACCAGGCCUUUAUCACAACCCCAGAGACCACAGCAGUCUCCAUGAAAGUCUCUGGGACAGGUGGACAGUCUGUGUCUUUCACAGACACUACAACACCUCCUGAGAGUACAAUCACAUCUGUGUCCACAGCCUCUGAAACCACCCCAGGCUCUGAGACAACCACAGGCUCUGCAUCUACCUCUGCUUCCACUACAACAUCUGAGAUCACCUCACUGUCUACCACAGCAUACAAAUCUGCCACAACUUCCACAGCACUUGUUCCCACCACAGACUUCAUGACUUCUGAAACUGCCACAGGUCCUGAGAUCAUCACAACUUCCACCAUGGAUUCACAGACCACCGUAGACUUUGUGUCCCCGAGUGCCACCAUCGUCUCUAAGACCACCUCACUCUCUACCACAAAGGAUGUGGUGACUUCAGAGGCCACAAUGACAAUUUCUGUCCCCUACAGUGCCUCUACCCCAGUCUCUGAAACUGCCAAAGCCUCUACCAAAGACUCAGAGACCACUAUAAACUCUGCGACCACAAAAGCUUCUGCCAUUGCCUCUGAAAUGCACACAUCUUCCACCACAACAUCUGUACCAAACACAAUUUCCAGCACAGCCUCAGAGAUGACCUCAGCUUCUGAGCCUACUGUUGUCUCCACCAUAGUCUCUGAGACGACCAUGUCUUCCACAGUAAUGUCUGUUUCCUCUAUAGCCUCCACCUCAAGUUCUAAGAACACAGCCUUUGAGACCCUUCAACCUUCCACCACCAACUCUCAAUUCACCAUGCCAUCUGUGACAUCCUCUGGGACAACUAUAGAGACUGUGUCCUUCACAAAACCCACACAUCCUAAUGAAUCCACUACAGACUCCGAGGCUUCUAUAGACAUUGAAAUGACCACAAACGCUAACACGGCAUCUGAAACCUCUAUGCCCUCCACCAUAACAUCUGUGCCCACAGUAACUUCCUCCACAAUCUCUGAGAACACUAGCACUUCCACAGUACUUUCUGAACCCAACACAGUCUUCACGGUGACUGCUAAGACCCACACAGGCUCUGACACCAACACACCUUCCUCCACAGCUCCUGAGGUCCCCACAUUCUCCACCAAAAUGCCUGUUCUGACCACAGCUCCCACCAUAGACUCAAGGAACCCAGCACCUUCUGAACGCCCCAUGACCUCUACUAUUGACUCUGAGACUCCAACAGCUGUCACCACAGUCUCUGAGGCAGCUGCAGUUUCCACUCAAACAUCACUAACAACUGCAGAGGAUGUGCCCUCCACAGCCACCAAAAACCAAAAGCCCACUACUAUCCUUUCUACAGUCUCCAAAAGCACUGGAGUCUCAGAGACCACUACAGCUUCCACUAUUGGAACCGCUGCAGAGUCUGUGACCACAAAGUGCUCCACCACAGGAUCUGAAAUCUCUCCCACUGUGACAGUGUCUAGCACAUUGUCCACCACUGUCUUUGAGAGCAACUCAGACUCUAAAAGCACCAUGUUCUCUACAAGGGACUCUGUGUCCACUACUUCCUCCAUCACAGGCAUAUCAGUGUCCAUGCCAAAAUCUACCAUGAGCCCAGAAAUCACCAGAGCCUCUACUGCAGUCUCUGAGACCACUUCUAUCUCCUCCAAAGGCACCAGGACCAGACCAACCACCCACAUUUCUGUCACCACGGCUCCUGUAAGAAAACCCACGACCUUUGCUACCAGCAAUGCAUUGCCUGGAAUAUCCCUGAAUACCUCUGGCCUGGCUGCAUCCACUCUUGGAGUAUCAUCUACCUCCUCAGUCCCAGGUGUCAUGACGACCAGAGUGUCUAUCCAUGAUUCAACUGUCAUUCCUGGAGCCAGCGCCACCUCCCGUACAACAAGCUCAGUGUCCAUGGGCACAAAUAAAAUUAGCGUGAGCCACAUUCCAACAAAUGUGUUCAAACCAAGUGGAUAUUUACAGCCCUGGGCCAUCAUCCUCAUUUCUCUGGUUGCUGUUGUGAUGGGUAUCGUCCUGCUAAUAGGACUCUGCUUUUGUCUGAAGGACUUUUACUUCCCCGUGAGAAACAGAGGUACUUAUUAUCCCCAUGAUCACAACUUUGGCCUGAGUCUGGACCUGGACUUAGGCAUGGGCUCUGGAAUAUUCCACAGCCUGGGAAAUGAACUGAACCCUGGAAGCAGACUUGGGAUUGGACCUGCAGGAGCACAUGGCAUUGGAUACUGCAUGGGUGAUAGAGAUGGUCAUGGAAUGAGCCACAAUGGGAGUCAUGGCUAUGGAGGAGGCCACAGCAAUAGCCCUGAACACAGAGGAGGCCAUGGAGGAAACCAUGGAGUGGGUCAUUGAGGGAGCCACCCAGGAGGCCAUGACAGUACAAGAUGGCUGUGGCCAUGGAUUGGAUAAUGGAAAAUAUUGGGGGAAGAAAGCUUGGGUAGGAGGGAGUCCUGGAGAAAAAAUUCUAGAUUGAGACCUAACUUUGCUGUGUUCCCUUGAGUAGUUACUUAACCUCUUUGCGCCUCUAUUGUCCUAGUAUGUGAAAUGGAAAUAGUGACACUUUCCCCACAGGGUUGUUGUUGAGGAGAUACAAUGGACUAGCAUGUGUGAAAUGCACACACUGGGCCUGUCACAAAAUAAGUGCUUAAUUAAUAUUAACCAUCAUCCUUAUAAAUUUUAGCCACCACACCAUCUCCAAGAGACAAAAGCACACCAUGAAUGUAUCAUUGAGACCAUGUGCGCAUUCAUUCCUAUUUGUUCUUUCAGUUUUCUCGUUUUUUUUUUUUUCCCCCCCACUUCAGGGCGUAUUAUUUACCAAUUGUUAUUUCAGGAGCUUUUGAAUAUAAUAUAAUUUAUCUCCAAAUAAUUUAGUGAGGAAAAUAUCUUUAUGACCUUGAGGUAGGCCAAGAUAUUUAAGCAUAAAACAAAAAGCACUAAUUAUAAAAUAAAAGUUUGAUGUUUGAACUUCAUUAGAGUCCGAUAUCAGAAUAUACUGUUAUGGGCUGAUUUGAAAGUUAAAUUGGGAUGAUGCCAUCUUUCUCAGAUAUCUCACCCUAUGCAGAACUGGCCCCCCUUUCUGCAUGAGCCUACUACAUUGAGGCUGACAUCUUUACCUCAUCCACUUGCAUCUGGACCACAAUGUCUUUAAACUGUGGAGCUGUUGCUUACUUCCUGAGUAGGUACAGGAUGUGCCAAUGCUGAGAACUUGGU